AUGCAUCCUAUUCCAGCAACGACCCCCACAUUUAUUUUAGUCUCCGUCCUAGUUUACCUUGCAGAUGCAAUCAGAUCACCGAGACUGCUCGCCCCAGGGACGAGCUGCGUGCCAUAUGGCCCGCUUGUGCCUCGUCCAACUAAUCUUAGAAAUGCCAAGAUUGUCCAGGAUGCAACGGCAAGCUUGAGUCAGAACCUUGAUGACGCUUUAUCAGGAAAGAUCAAGGCUGGCUUUGACGUGGACCAGUCAUCAUUUUCAAUUGGUCUUAUAUCCUCCCAGAAAAGGAGCGCAUCUCUUACGGACGGUGGUCAUGUUUGGUCCUAUCAUCAUCUUGGGAAAAAUAAUGUCAACGGCACCAAGAUCGCUGAUGAGAAUUCGCAGUAUCUGAUCGGAUCAAUAUCCAUGCUAUUCACGGAUGUUCUGCUACUAAAAUCCAAUAUCGACUUGAAUAGUCCCAUCACAAAAUACUUACCGACUCUACAGGGAUCUCAGUCAUUGAUCCAAUGGGACAAUAUCACGCUGUCCGCGCUAUCAAAUCAUCUUUCGGGAAUACCUUCAAAUCUACCUUCGUCUUUCGAUUCUUAUUCCUUGCAUUCGAUGUACGAGCGUCUUGGGUUCCCUGUUUUCACCAAUGCGAGCUACCCAGAAUGCGGAGUAACAGGUCUCAACCGAGGAUGCAACCAAACACAGAUAAUCGAGAUGAUGAGUAGCGCACUGCCUGUGGAGCCACCCUACAGCCAGCCCAUAUACUCCUCAGUUGCCUAUACAUUGCUUGGUAUGGCAUUGGAAGCCGAGACAGGAAAGACAUACCGUCAACUUUUACACGACCUAAUUGUAGGUCCGUUUGGUUUAACGAACACUGGCAUUUCCCCGGGAGUCUAUAACCGGGCGGUCAUUCCCCCUCUCCCUAUUGCAGAACAGAGAUGGGGAGCAGAUUAUGGAGCCAAUAAUCCAGGUGCAGGUCUAUAUUCUUCUCUGCGCGAUCUUUCAGUUUUCACGACAAGAAUCCUAAAUUAUUCGAUAUUCGAUAACCCGGACCAAGUUAGACAAUGGCUGAAGCCUCAUUCUAUGACAUCUUCAGUCAGUGAUCUCGUUGGCCAGUCAUGGGAGGUGCACCGAGUUGAGAACCUGGUACCUGAAAAUCCACACACAGUGGACAUCUUUGCGAAAAGUGGUGGUGCACAGGGCUAUGCAUCCCACUUUUCAGUGGUCGAUCAGUAUGGAAUUGGGUUUGUCAUUUUGACAGCAGGUCCAAGAAAGGCGUACACGGCGUCAAUUCUAAACGAUGCCGUAAUCUCAGCACUUAUACCUGCCGUUGAUUCGGAAGCCCGACGACAAGCAGAGAAGUAUACGGGAACAUUCACUCCCAUGUUUUCCAUCAGCACAGAAACAGCCGACCCAGACUUCUCUCCUAAACUGGUCCUAUCCAUGGAUAAUGGAACAGGCAUCAAGAUAGAAUCCCUCACAAGAAGUGGAUCUGAUAUACUGAACAGUAUCCAGAUGAUCUGGGCCUCAGCUUUUCCCCAAUUUGGAAUUUUAAAUCCGGACAUGCGCAUCUAUCCAACUGAAAUUGAACGGCCAGUUGAAAAUCAAGAUAGUGUGAUCUACCAAGACUGGCGAAUCAGCUUUGACAUAAUACCUUCUGACAACGCUGCUAUUUCCGAUCUACCGGGACAGGGUACACUGUUGAAUGUUUGUUCCUCUUGGAAGACUGUUGAUUGGCUUUACUAUGGCGGUAAAGCACUGGAUCGCAUUGUCUUCAAAGUCAAUCAAACAGAUGGAACUGUAAUUGGGGUCGAUAUUCCAUUUUUGCGAAGUGGUUUACUUGGGAAAACGUGA